CUAGGCAAGAGAUCGAAGCUCAUAUACAAUACAAGCACUCGGCCUAUUACCAAACUAGGAAAGAAAAGCUAAUAUUAUAGAUCAGAGAAACCAUGCAACGCUCUUCUUUCCAGUUGGCUAAACGUGCCAUUAAACCGGCCUGUGAUGUUUUCAUUAACCAUAGAGGGAUUGACACAAAGCGAACGGUAGCCACUUUGCUCUAUGAUCAUCUUUCCCGGCACAACCUAAGUCCUUUCUUGGACAACAAGAACAUGAAGCCUGGAGACAAACUGUUCGAAAAGAUCGACAGUGCUAUUCAUAGCUGCAAGAUAGGUGUGGCUGUUUUUUCACCUAAUUACUGUAAGUCUUAUUUUUGUCUUCACGAACUGGCUCUUUUCAUGGAGUCCAAGAAGAAGGUUAUUCCAAUCUUUUGCGACGUUAAGCCAUCUCAACUUCGCGUUCCAAUUGAUGGACUAUGUGCGGAGAAGGAUCAGCUUCGGAGGUUUAGCUUGGCUGUCGAAGAGGCCAAGCAAACCGUUGGCAUUAGUUUCGAUUCAUUCAAGGGGAACUUUGCAGAUGUUGUAAGAAGUGCUUCUGAAACUGUGAUCAAGACCUUGAUAGAGCUUGAGAAUGAAGAGCAGAUGAAACUUCGGAAACGAUCUCAAUCCUCCUGAUAACGACACCGCAGGGAAAUGAUCAUUCCUCGUCAAUCCUAUUAAUAAUUCAUGGUUCUGCGUCAAUUUUUUGUUGAAUAUCUUUUUUUUUUUUUCCAAAUUCUUCAUUUAUUCAUUCUUAAAGAGAGCACUAAUUCGGAUGUAAUCACACAAACACGGCAAAUUCUUUCAAUUUGCAUCGAUCAUAGAAAAUAAAACAAAUAAUUAGAAACGGAAUAAGAAUGCAGAACUUCAUCCUUGUUCAUGAUUUCAGUACAUUGUUGUCAAAUUGAUGUCCAUUUUUUAUAGCUGAAUAAAAAUGUAUCGAUCGAACAAUACAAGUUGUACGUUGUUAAUCUUUAAUAAUAUAUCCCCGGCCAGUUUUGUUUUUCUA